GAAUUUAAUUCUGCCUAGCUCAAGAUUAACGGCUAAGCCAGCAGCACAGCUAGCUGCAGAAGACUUGGCUUCCCAGCUACCAGAUGGUAUGCAAAGCAUUUGAACUUGCAGCGUUUUCGAACAGGCUGCUUUUAAUGCAGCUUACUGGGUGUUUUCACUGCAGUCCCCGUUCUCCAGUUAAACCUCCAUCCCGUGGCAAUUCUCUUACUGGUUCCACAGCAGUAAGGGCUGAGCUGUAAACUCGGCGGUGCUCAGUCUGACCUUCGCUUUGCUCGAGGAGCAAUAACCUUACAAACUGGAUUCUGCUGGAGUUUUCCUUUGUUUUGCUAUGCUUUAGUAAGUUAAGAUUGCUCAGGAAUUCGGGUUUUAAAUGACCAGUAGCACUACCCGGAGCCAGCUGUAACCCGAGCGGAGAGCCCUGCCGGCCAGCUUCUCUCCUGACCCGCACCAACCUCAAGCGUCUCCCGUAAAGCGAUGUCCCGUUUCCUUGAAUUGUCUCGUGGGUUUGCGACGGGAACAAAUAUAUCCAGGGAGAACUACAAUGAGAGCACUAACCUUCUCCAACCUGCGAGCCCGGACACAGGUUUAGUCAUGAUCCCCAGAGGGCAGGGACGUGCGCUCCAACCCACCCAGACUGUCCGGCUCCUCCUGCCUGCACCGAGCUCCCCUCCUGAUUGAUGGGCAGCUGCGGCAACCCUCCUGCUAUCCGAAAGUGUCCCCUCAUCCAGUACUGGUAGCUAGGAUGAGAGGAGACGGCUUCAGGCUGCACCGGUGGAGGUUUAGAUUGGAUAUAGGAAAGAUUUGUACGCUGAAAGAAUGGUCGGGCAUUAGAACGGGCUGCCCAGGGAGGUGGUGGAGUCGCCGUCCCCUGGGGACGUUCACAGAAUGUGCAGACACGGCACUUUGGAACUCGGUGGUAUUUGAUUUGAUGACCUUGGAGGUCUUUUCCAACACUUAUGAUUCUGUUUGGUAUUGAGUCUCUGGUGGGAAGAGGAAAGGUGCAGUGAUUGCACUUUGCGAACUAAGGGGAGUUGCUUUGGCGUCCAUCGGCCCACCUGAGGACCCUGUUUUUUCGGGAGAGCCCAUCUGAAAUCGGCUACCCCUUGGAGGCGUGAGUGAGGAGCGAGCUUCCCGCAGCCUCCCAAAGCCUUGUGGCCAUGGGACUUCCUCUGAGCUCCUGGCCAGAGGCUGAUCCUGCCCUAUUCUUUACUGGCGGCUGCUGCGGACUCUCCAUAGCGGGAGGGCCGCGGAGACCUGGCUUGUCUGAGGGGACCAAUCGGCGGCCCGCCAUGCGCUGCGGAAGCCGUGCUGGCGGCAGCGGGUGAGGCGGGAGGGGCCGCGCAGUGCUGCCCGGGCGGAGGCCGCCGUCCCCCCCGGUCCCUCCCUUCCCCUCUCCGCCCUUCGCCUCUCUCCGCCGCGCCCGGACCUGGGCCGCGCCUCGGGGCCGCGCGCGCGGCCGCCGGUUCCGCCUCCUCCGCCACCUCCCCCCCGGCAGCCGCCAUGUUGGAUGGUGCGUGUGGGUGUCAAACCCAGCGAGGAGAGGCGGCAGUGGCCGGCUGCCGGGACACCCCUCUCGGCGCUACCCGCGGCCCUUUCCCCGCUCCUCCUGCACCCUCCGCACCCAGCGCCAGGUCAUGAUUUUCGCUUUCUUGUGUCAUUCUCUUGAAGAGGGGAAAUGAUUGUAGUGGAACGUGUUACAAAUAAGCCACUGAUACGGAGCCUUCGCAGUUCAGAAACGUUCCUAGCAGAGCAAAUAUAGCUCAUUUUUGUUUGUGUUCUGGAAUCUGUCUUGGUGAAAAGGGAAAUAAAAAUGACAACAUCAAUCAGACGGCAGAUGAAGAACAUUGUGAACAAUUACUCAGAGGCUGAAAUAAAAGUUCGAGAAGCGACCUCGAAUGACCCCUGGGGUCCCUCCAGUUCAUUAAUGACUGAAAUAGCAGAUCUGACAUACAAUGUUGUGGCCUUUUCUGAAAUUAUGAGCAUGAUCUGGAAACGCCUGAAUGACCACGGCAAGAACUGGCGACACGUCUACAAGGCCCUUACUCUGCUAGAUUACCUGAUUAAAACUGGUUCGGAGCGAGUGGCACAGCAGUGUAAAGAGAAUAUUUUUGCUAUCCAGACAUUGAAAGAUUUCCAGUAUAUAGAUCGAGAUGGUAAAGACCAAGGCAUCAAUGUGAGGGAGAAAUCCAAGCAGCUGGUGUCUCUUCUCAAGGAUGAUGAGCGACUCAAGACAGAGAGGGCCCAAGCCCUGAAGACCAAAGAACGCAUGGCUCAGGUGGCCACCGGAGUGGGCAGCAAUCAGAUCACCUUUGGCCGAGGCUCCAGUCAGCCAAAUCUAUCCACCAGCUACUCAGAGCAGGAAUAUGGAAAGUCUGGAGGAUCUCCAGCGUCUUACCAUGGCUCUACAUCCCCUCGAGUUUCCUCAGAGCUCGAGCAGGCCCGGCCUCAAACAAGUGGAGAAGAGGAGCUCCAACUGCAGCUGGCCCUGGCCAUGAGCCGAGAAGUGGCGGAGCAGGUCAGUUCCCGUGAGGAACGCCUCAGACGCGGAGAUGAUCUGAGAUUACAGAUGGCUCUGGAGGAGAGUCGCAGAGACACAAUUAAAAUUCCCAAAAAGAAGGAGCACACCACUCUGCUGGACCUCAUGGAUGCCCUGCCCACCUCGGCACCUGCCCCGCCGAAAACGGAGCCUUGGGGACCUCCAGCUGUUGCAAACCAAACUGAUCCUUGGGGGGGAUCCACAGCUGCAGCUACUGCCUCUGACCCCUGGCAAUCAUUUGGUGCCAAACCAGCUGCUUCUGUUGACCCCUGGGCAGCACCAGCAGGAUCCACCACAGCUCAGCCUUUGUCCAAAAAUGUUGACCCUUGGGCUCCUGCUCAGCCAUCUUCUACUGCAGCAAAAUCCUCUGUGGAUCCUUGGGGACCAGCACCUGCAAACAAACCUCUCUCUACUUCUGGAAGUACAUCUUUUGACCUCUUCAGUAAUUUGAAUGGUACAGUUAAAGAUGAUUUUUCUGAAUUUGACACACUUCGAACUUCCAAAAAGCCAGCUGAAUCAGGUUCCACUUUGCCAUCUCAGCAUAGCGGUACCACAAGUCCUGAUCUCUUUGAUUCCCAGCACUCGAGCGUGACAUCAGGCAAGCAGAGUGCAGCUCGGAAAACCCCUGAGUCUUUUUUGGGCCCCAAUGCUGCUUUGGUGAACCUGGAUUCACUCGUGUCUAAGCCACCACAACCUGUUACUUCACUGAAUCCAUUCUUGGCACCAGGCGCUGCUACAGCACCAACUCCAAUCAACCCCUUCCAAGUGAAUCAGCCUCAACCCCUCACUCUAAAUCAGAUGCGAGCGAGUCCUGUGAUGGGAACCAGCCCUUCCUUCAGCGCUGUGCCACCGAUAAGCAUGGAGCCAAUACCUCUGUCUUCCAUGGCCCCAGUGCCUGUGGGGAUGGCCCCGAUACCAGCGAUGGGCACUGUGCCAUCUAUAACAAGGAUGGGCCAGGGGCUGAGCAUUGCAGGAUCAAUGACCCAACCUCUUCACAGUACAGGAAUCCUGCCGUCAGCGUCCCAGUCGACAAAUACAACUAACCCUUUUCUCCUAUAAAGACCCAAUUAAAGGAACUGUUUUUUUUCUUUUCAUAGUGUUUCCAGGCUGAAGUCUUUACAGCUGAAUGAACGUGGCCUGUGUGGACUGAACGGUGUGUAAGAGACUUGGAAGUAGAUUUGCAGUUUACAGUUAUGAUCUUUGAAGAGUUGUCUCUACUUACCAGUUAACCUAAAUCUAGUCUUUGCUACAGAUGGUACCUUACUUUGGCUUGUUGAGCAUUACCUGAAAUGGUUCAGACUUUUUCCACCAAAGUUAGAUUCUGCCCAUUUUGUUACUUUGUUAAUCAUUUCACUACACUUUCUAGGGAGAACCUGCCAUUUUAAACUCCGUUGGCUAUUUUGUAGAUGUCAGAUGAUGAUGUGCUGGAUCCUGAAAAAUUACCUAUUGAUCUGCAUCCGUCACUUCCUAUGCCCGAUCUGAUAGACCUGAGAUUCAGAGUGCUAGUGAAUGUUUUUGCACAUAACUACACACAGUUCUAGACUGUUGGUUCACCCAUAGUCCUUACUCUUAGAAGAGAACGAUUCGGAAGGCCCAGGUGGCUGGUUUUUAUGCAUUAAACAUUGCAACGCGAGAUCGCACCGCUUUUUCUCUCCGGAGGUUUGACCAUGAAAGCAAGCUUGUCUCAAAAGGAAAACAAACAAACAAGCAAACAAAAAUACACACACACACACACACAAAAACACCACACACAAAAAAAACCCCCACCAACCCACAGACAAAAAUAAUACCCCCAAAGAACCCUCAAGAACAUUCUCAAAGGUGUCAGUAUCCCGUGUGCUGUCGUAUGCAGUGUUGAAUUGUACACACUACUCUAAGGACUCCUGAGGAACUCUCUGUGAGUGGCAUGCUGCACUCGUGCUGAGUGAGUGUCCUGCUCUGUGCUUGUCCAGUACCAGCUUCGUUUGGAAGUUAUCAUGUGUAUUUUGUUUUUCUUUGACUUACAAUGUGAGUUGAAAGAGGAUAAAAGAAAGCAAACAUUCAAAUACAGCGGGACAACUUUGAAUUCAGUUUCACCGGGGCAAGCUUUAAAUCUAAUUCAGGCUUAACCUUGCUAUAUGCAGUUACUCUUGUAUACUUUUGCACAUAUUUUGUUUAGUACAGUUUCAUAUUUUGAGUUUGCAGAGUUACCCAAUAGUCUUUUUUUUUUUUGUUUGCUAAUUUUUAUAAUGUGGUUCUUAUUUAACUGUCUGGUUUUGAUAGAUUUAUCGAGUCUGGCUGGAAAAAAAAAAGAAGAGAAGAAAAUUAAGACGUUGGCAAAUGUCAUUUUUAUGGUUUUAAUGCCCUCUUAUUUAUGGUUUUAGCUCUUUGUUUCUGUAAAGAGAGUUUAAAAGGGAAGAUUAACACUAAAAUAUUUACUUUUAAAUGAAGUAUUCGUAAUGCAAAUCAAAACAAAUUCUCGUGACUAAUUAUUUUUAGAUGAAUUUGAGCGUAACAUGAUUGAAGACUAUAUUAAACCAGAAAAACACUAAA